UCAAAAAUGACCUUCGGAACAAAAGGGUAAAGCAACGAAUUUGUGGUUUUUCAAACCUCAUGGGAAAAAAUAUCCAGGAAAACUUCAUCCAUUUCAUCACUAAAUUUGUACCAUUGCCAUUUUGUCUUUAUCCAUCUGUUAGUAAAUGUGAAGAAUAUCAUCCAAUCGUCUAUCUUACAAAAUGUCACGUGAUAUCGUUCAACGAUAUGAGAGGCUAAUUCUUGCUACCUGUUGUUGGAGUACUUAGAAAUAUAAUGGCUGACAACGUUAAAGCGAAAGGUCGUGUUGUAAGUUGUAAAGUAUUGGAAACAUCUUUAUAUUGAUGUAAAGGACCAGUUGUCAUUUACCUAGCGACAUUUGAGUUGUCAUAUUACUAAAAUCCUUAAAUCAAACCACUUUUUUUGUUGUGUAUUUACUUCUAUCGUACGAAGCAAAGUUCUUGCUCAGACUGUGCGUCAUUAACUAAAGAAAAAGCUGUACCUAACCUGAUGAAAGAGUCGAUUGAGAGAGAAGCUGAUAAAAUUUAACUCAAGAAUAAAAAUGUUGUGACCCAAAAGAUGAGGUGAUGAAAUAUUUGCGAAGUUCCAAUAAUUCUGUGGAGAAAUUGCAGAAAUCUGAAUACUCAACCAGUUCAACAAGAGGUACCCUUGAAGAACAAAUGGCCAAAAUGAAGAAGAUCAUGUGGUCACCACUCAGUCGACGUAAACAUGAUGGAACUACCAACCCAAACAUUACAAAGACGUUUGGUGUGCCUCUUGAUGAGUUAAUUCAAAGAAAUUAUGAUGAUGCUGAGAUACCUUAUGUUCUUGAGCGAAUAACAGAGUACAUCACAUGCUAUGGUAUGAAACAAGAGGGAAUCUUUCGUGUCAAUGGAAAUUCAAAAAUCAUGGAAAAAUUGAAAGCUGAAUUUGAUAAAUCUGGUGAUGCAGACUUGGAAAAUACUGGUGAUGUUAUGUCUGUUGCUGGUUUAAUGAAAAUGUUCUUGAGAGAAUUACCACAACCUUUGAUUCCUAAACAUUUCAAGAAAGCAUUUCUGCAAGUUCAUAAAGAAUUUUAUUCAGAGAAGGAUGUAUGCUGCAGUCGAAUGAGAAACCUUGUUUCUGAACUGCCCAAUUCUCGUCGAAAAUUGUUAAAAUUUCUAUGUCGUUUUCUUGUUCUUGUGUCCCUUUAUGAAGAUACGAACAAAAUGAACGCAAAAGCUCUGUCUAUCGUAUUUUCACCCAACAUGUUUCGUUGUGUCGAUGGACUGGAAGGAUUUCGCGAACAGGCCGUUACAAAUUGCAUAGUUCAAAUGUUUAUUGAUGAAUAUGACCUUAUAUUUAAGAACGACGAUGAAAAAUCUCCAUCAGUGAGGAAUUUGAUUCAAGUCGAAGAAGCGGACGAAAACAGUUCUAUGAAAAGUCAAACCUUGCCGAUUGCUAUUCAGAGACAUAAAAGUUUAAAAGAAAAGGAGCCUGUAUCAUUGGAACCUUCAGAAACCAUACCUCAUUAUGCUGAAUAUCGUUUUGAUGAUGAUAAUCAUAUUGCGCUCGUUUCUCCUCGUUCACAAUAUGACGAUUCUCAUAUUUAUGCUUCUGUUAACAAAUCUCAAAAAGAAUCAAUCCUUUCUUGUUCAAUAUUAGAUCCUUCAUUGGACGAAGUCGAACCUUACAUACGCUCAAAUUCACCAAGUUGGCAUAAACCUGACAAUGAAUUAUUCUCGGCGAAGUUGGACUCUUUACCAUCUUCAAGAAAAGUAUAUAUGGAAAGAACCAUACAGGAAAGCAUUAACGAACAUUUGUUUGGCAAUAAUUUAACUUCAACAAGUGAGGAAUCAGAUAAAUGGGACUCUCCUUGUGAGGAAGCUCCUCGUGUACCGAUUAAAAUACCAGAAUUGCUCUCCCUUGAUGAUGUCAUCACAAAGCCUCAGAAACGAAAGAAAAGACGAGGUUCUAAAUCUUCCCAAGAGAGCGCGAAAACUUCAAUAGAAGUAGAUUCAAAACAAGAAACUUUAAACGUUAACAAACAAAAGUCAUAUCAAGAAAAUGAAGUUCGUAUUUCAAGAUCCCCAAAACAACGUUCAAAGAUAUACGACAUCAAGAAUCGUGAACCUUUAACGAUUAAAGUUGCUGCUGCUGCUGCUGCUACAGACGAGGAGCGAAUUUUAAAGCAAGAAAAUAUGGAUCUUGCUUUUUUGGGAUCGCCUUUAGUGUUGUUCUGUUUGACAAGAGACAGAGCACCCCCACCCCAAAAAAGGAGACCACCAUCUCUAAUCAAGAGAAAAAUCAAGAGGAUCGAUUUCAAACAAUCUGAUCCAGAGAUAAAAACAGAAUUGAAGCAAUUACCACGCAAGCCUCCUAGUCCACCUCCAAGACCAAAUUUAUCUCCAAGCAACUCUUUGUCACUAGCUAUUGUCUCUAAACUGGAGCGAAGAAAGGCAAACCGACCUGCUGCUGAAGUUGCCAAUAAAUCAUUGGUUGAAAGAGAUUCCGAGCUUGACAGCGAAGGCAGUAGUAUUCCGACUGACUCACCCCCCGGGGAAGGACUUCAUAUAAGGCUGAAUAAUGAUGAACAUGACCCAGUUGUUCCACCGCUUGACCUGUACAAGAUUGGUCAAGGAGUGGAAGAUGAUCCGAUGAUAUCACCACGAGAAAGAUAUGACAGUGGAGCAUUGCUUUUUGAUGAUGCAAUGAUUUCUCCUCGAUCAAGAAGAGCUACUUUAGACAUUCGAGGAUAUUUUCCAGAAAAUCAUUCAUCUCAUCUUGAUAAACAAGAGAACCUUUACGCGGACAAAACUACUUCAUCAAAGGGGGACUCAUCUAUGAAAGAACUUGGCAAACGUUUAAAAUCAUUAAAGAAAAAAAUCAAAGAUUUUGAAGAGAAUUUUGAGAAAGAAAAUGGCUACAAGCCAACUCAAGCUCAAGACAAAGUGCCCAUUAAAAAGUACUUGACUGAAUUAUAUCGAACGCAGAAGUUGAUUCAAGAAAUGAAAGAAAAACGAGGCCAAGAAAAAACGUCUGUUGAUGUUACCCUGGAAAAUUCAUCAAUGGUCCAAGUCUUGGGUGAUGAACCACUUGAGUCCUUAUUGACAACACUUCCAGUCACAGUGGAACAAUCUUUAGACAAAGCUCUAAAGAAAUUGAAAGAUAAAAGGGUUAUGAACGGUCGUCCUGAAAAUAUAAAUGAAAUGAAUCGUGAUCAGCUACAGGAUGAGAAGUUAGUUGUACAAAAAGCUUUAUUACAACAUGAAAAUUCAUUUGGUCGACCUAAAACUAAACGCGACAAAGAUAUAAUGAAACCGUUAUAUGAUCGCUACAGGUCUAUCAAAAGAAAAAUAGCUAAUCAUAAUUUGAAGGAACUUUCAGAAUCAAUAAGCAACCAAACGACGAUUGAAGCCGACAAAAGCAAGAAAAUGUCUCCGGAAAGACCAAGUAAUGCCGAGGCAGUAUAUGUUUAUGAAGAUGAUACCGUAGGUAGUAAUAGUUCAGAUUCCAUGUCAAGAUUAGUCAUGUCAUUGCCAGCAAGGACUAGCAAGGAUUUUCUCGACAUCGACAAAGAUGAAUCACCUAUCUCCCCCCUGACUGUAUGUGUUGAUGAAUGUGAAAAUAGUGGGCUAGAAACUGUUUUAUCAGAGGGGGUAGAGGAAGAUUGUAAUGAUAAUAGUGAACAAGUUAUCACUUCGAAAGAUCCUUAUGCUAUCUUACAUCAAGCUUCAAUUGUAGAACUAUUGGAACAGCAGGCUUCGGCCUUAAAACGUAAAAAAAGACUUCGAAAAAAACUCAAAACAUUUGAAGAUAGCUUCAGAAAGAAAACAGGCAGAAAAGUCGAGAAAGAUGAUAGAGGUAAACAUGAAGAAGCAUACGAGGAAUACAAGAAAAUCAAAGCACGUUUGAGGUUGUUAGAUGCACUGAUAACGAAGCAUCAAGGAAACAAUACAAUAUAGUUAUAUAUAGUCAAGGAUGAAAGGUUGGAAUGUUUUUUAUAGCACGCAAGAAUUAGAGAGUAUGAUCAUUUGUAAUGUAAAUAGAGAUAAUCAACACGCAUUCAUUCAUUUGUUUGAUUGUCCGUUUUAAUUUAUUGAUUGUUAUGUCAAAAGAAAUUAUAUUAUUGAACAGCUCUGUUAAAGUAUUCUACAGCACACUGUAAA